AUGUACAAAUACCAACCUCUGCCACCUGUCUCCAAAACCGGCCGAACCCCUCCCUUCACCCGCAUCCUGACCCUUUUCCCCUCCACAUCCCCUCCUUCCUCCUCCCCGGACGACUCAGAACCCUUCCAUGGCACCCUCGCAAUCACCAACCUCGAAUCCACCCAGCCCUACGAAGCCCUCUCCUACACAUGGGGCACCGCCGACCCGGAAACUUACAUCUGGCUCGAUGACCUUCCCCUCCCCAUCAAACCCAACCUCGCGGCGGCACUCCACUUCCUCCGACCAUCACCAGGCCAGCCCCCGCGACGACUGUGGAUAGACGCACUAUGUAUUGACCAGUCCAGUCUAGAGGAGAGAUCCCGUCAGGUGCAGUACAUGCGGUUGGUUUACAAAUACUGCCAAAGAGUCAUCGCCUGGAUCGGGCUAAAGCAAGAAUCAGAAGCGACAGAGGUUGCGUUCGAGGCAGGGAAGGUCCUGAGUGAUGUCAGUCGGCUAGUGGCUGACUUGAGGAAAGAUGCCGCCGCAAUGGAGGAUGGUGUCGUGCGUGACGUCGUGGGUAAUGCUCUAGGUGGUCUGCCAGAGGGGGCACUGCUCAAUCUCCAAAAGCUAUUUGACCGGGAGUACUUCCACCGCACGUGGGUAGUGCAAGAAAUCGCCGUGGCCAACGUGGCGGUGGUCAAGUCGGAAGAGCUGGAGAUGUCCUUCUUCGACUUGGUUUCGACGUUGCUGUUCGUCUUUGGGAACAGGCCUGGGGGCAAAAUCGAGACGAACACCUCGUUGGACGUGUGGUACCUCAUAUUUACGCGGCAGUCAGGGGCCCACAGCGGUCACGUUCGUCUGACUGAGAUUCCGGGUAGCUUGGGGCCGUUGCUGGACUUGCUUGAGCAGAUGCGUGCGUUCAAGGCGACUGACUUGCGGGAUAAGAUCUAUUCAGUUUUGGGCAUCUGUGACGAAGGCCUGCAGCCCGUUACGACGAGAACUCACAUCACUCAACGGUCGGACCGCUGGCUGAGAAGUUUGACAACCGCCAUCACGGGCGUCCAGAACUUUGUCAACGAGCGCAACCCCGAUCUAGGCUGGGGUAUCCCGGCGGCUCUGAAGCCGGACUACACUCGCCCUGUUCCGGAGGUUUAUACCGGCCUAGCGAAAUUCUUGAUCAGCAAGAUGCCCAUGUUCCUGGACGUUCUCAGUUAUGUCCAACAUCGCACGACUCCAACCCCAGAUGACCCCUACCCCUCCUGGGUGCCGAAAUGGUUCGAGUCCAAGUCCGUCACUGUAUUCCGCGGAGGUGACUUCACCGCCGGUAUCUGCACCCCACCCCUCGGAGACUUCUUCCAGUCCCGUAUCCAACGCGCCUUCUCCUCGCCGAUCCCGGGCACCCUGAUCAUGGACGGCUUCCAUGUCGGCGUCGUCCACCGCGUCAGCAAUGUCAUGAACUUUGGGUCAGAUGGACAUUCCAAGACCGAAGCCGUCCAACGCGCUUGGACGGAGCUUCUGCCCAACAUGCCAUUCCCGGGGGCUAAUGGAUCGAGGUAUAUCACUGGUGAGCCUCUCGACGUAGCAUUUUGCAAGGCGCUUUCGGUACAUCCGAUGGGCGCAGUGGUCGGGCAUGUCAUGUCCAAUUCGAUGGAUGGGUUUCACUUCUCAGCCUCGGCGAGCGAGAUGAACAGGCAGAUAGCUACUGGGAUAAGUGACGCUGCUGUAGGAGCAUUCUUAUCUGGGCUUGCUGGAGAGGGAGAUGAGGUGCUGUCGGCCGAGAGCGAGAAGGCGAGGGUCACGUUUCGGAAUGCUGUUGGGGUGUAUUGCUAUGGUCGACGGGCAUUCCUGACGAGGGAAGGACAUUUGGGUAUCGGGCCGCCGGUGAUGCAGGAGGGGGACGAGGUUGUCGUGCUGUUUCGAGGCAGGAUGCCGUACGUGUUGCGUCGUGGGCCGACUCACCAUGUGUUUUUGGGUGAUUGCUAUGUGUGCGAUGACAAUAUCAUGCGUGGGCUCGUGACGGAGAGUGUCAGACAUGGAAGGGGCGGGCCGCCAGUUGGUUUGUACGGGAUUCGGUGA